ACGUCCAGCCUUUGUAACCGAGACACGUGUGAAAUCUUAUCCUGUGUUCGCUGCCCAAUCUCACCGUUUGGUUCCUCAGCCUUGCAACAUCUCCUUCUCCGACUCCAAGAGACCGUCCGUUGGUACCACCUUGCCCUCCUUCUUGCACAGGAACACCAGCGAUGACAGCAGCAUCGGCUUCCAUAGCUUCUCUGUGGAGUCUCUCUACUUCCUUCCCUGCCAACAAGAACAAGAAGAAGAACGAGAACAUUGCUAGUCGAGUAAUCUGCCGAAGCUCCCAGGUCGGGACCGGAGUCGAUGCCCAGACGAAUGGGGCAUCGUCGGCCGUGGCCGCUCCCCAGGUUCGGAUGCACAAGGUGACUGUUCAUGACACGAAGAGGGGAGUCGUUCACCAUUUCCAAGUUCCCGAGGAUGAAUACAUAUUACACUAUGCAGAAUCGCAAGACAUCACGCUGCCGUUUGCUUGCAGACAUGGGUGUUGUACCAGCUGUGCUGUCAGGAUAAAGUCUGGAGAAAUUCGACAACCGGAGGCCCUUGGUAUAUCUGCUGAACUAAAAGCUAAGGGCUAUGCACUACUUUGUGUGGGAUAUCCAUCGUCUGAUCUCGUAGUCGAAACCCAGGAUGAAGAUGAGGUUUACUGGUUACAGUUCGGUAGAUAUUUCGCUAGAGGUCCUAUAGAGAGAGAUGAUUAUGCGUUGGAGUUGGCAAUGGCUGACGAGUAAAUUGGCAAGUGCAAGCUAGCAGUUGCACUAGGUGGUCUUAGGACCAUCAGAAAUGAAUAUCUUUUGACUUUUUCCUCAUUUGUAAAAGUAGUUUGUCUUUGUUACUUCUAUUGUUUUGUUUUCCUUUUUCUUUUCUUGGUGUGGGGGUGGGGGUGUUGUUGAGGACUGAUUCUCGUGUGCGUGCUCUAUUGAGAUGUAGCCCAAUGAGGCUUCUUCCUGAACAAGAUCACUUACAGAAAUUUUAUGUAUAUCGAACACGAGAAAAUAUUUUUUCUUUCGCAAGGAGGCAUCUGUAAUAAAAGAGAUUUGAGGCA